AGAUUGAAACACAAUAAUUAAAUAUACGAACUCUAUAUAAUAUUUCUAAAUAUAUAUAAUUUCCACUAAUUAAAACCUCUUACAAAUUGAUUGAUUUAUAUAUAUUAUGUUACAUAUCAUAUAACAAAUAUGAUUUUAAAUAUUUGGUCGAGAAAAAUAUUUAGAUUUCUAUCCUAAUUAUUAUUUUUAUUAAGUUGAAAUAACAUGAUAAAUUUAAAUUGAUAACUCUCAGUUAAAAUCAUAAGAACAUGACAAAUAACUAAAUUAUCUAAAAUUAUGGAAAAAAAUUUAAAUAAGCAAAAUCAGUUCUCGUAUAAUAAUAUAGAUAGAUGUUCAUGUUACAAAAAUAAUUUUAUAAUUUACUAGUUUAUUUAACUAUUUUAUUAUUAAUUAAGAAACUUAAUUAUACUUAUGGAAUAUAUAAAAAAAAAUUAGAAGUGCUUUUUCUUUUGAAGCCCAUAAAAACUCGUUGGGUAUAAUAUGGCCUUAUAAUGUGCCUAAUAACUAGUGAAGCCGAAACCGUUAAUUACAUCUUCUACUUUUAGAGUAUGUAGCCUCUGUAUCUUGUUAAAAACCCUAAAUUCAUUCCUCAACAACCCUUACAGCAUGGCCGAAGAGCUCGUCUUGAAAGGCACAGUGUGCGCCCCCACUGAUAUGGUCACCAACAUGAUCGUAACUUCGCUGCCAAACAAGUCAAUCCCUAUUGAAACAACGACGAAGAUCUCCGAUCUUCCGGUAAAUUUGGUAGAGGAGAUUCUCUCUAGGGUUCCCUUGAAAUAUAUGAGAGCAGUGCGGUUAACUUGCAAAGAGUGGGACACUUUAUCCAAGAGUCCAAUCUUUUCAAAAAUGCACGCUGAUAAAAUAAGAUCAGAUGAGUCUAUGAUGAUGAUCGCAAUGAUAGAUUACAAUCUUUAUCUCAUGAGGGUCGUUUUCUUUGUUAAUGAAGAUCCACACCUAGAGCGUAAAGGUAAGCUUACUUGCCAAGACAUACAAAGUAAGAUAUCUCAAGUUUUCCAUUGUGACGGUCUAUUGUUAUGCGUCUUGGAAGAAGAUGCUACCAAAGUUAUUGUUUGGAAUCCUUAUUGGGGUCAAACAAGGUCCAUAGAUUGUAGAUACUCUCACCGCCCAUACAGAUGGGACAGGUUUACUUAUGCUCUCGGAUACGAGGACAAGGGCUCUUGUCGUAGCUACAAAUUCUUGAGGUUUAUAGAUAAGUACUACAAUGCACCCAUAGACCAGUUUUUAUGGUAUGAGAUUUACGAUUUCGAGUCUAGUACAUGGAAGACUCUUGAUGUCACUCCACACUGGCGUAUACUAUUUAGUCAGCGUGGCGCGUCUCUCAAAGGUAACACUUACCGGCCUGCUUCACAAAGAAACACAAACGAUGUGCUUGACGAUCACAUCAUCUGUUUCGAUUAUACAAGUGAGAGUUUCGGUCCUCUUCUGCGUCUCCCGUUUGACGCUGGUGAGGAUGACUAUGUGACUUUAUCAUGUGUUAGAGAAGAGAAGCUUGCGGUUUUACUUACUCACAACGAAGCAGGUCCAAUGGAGUUUGAUAUAUGGAUUACCACUAAGAUUGAGGCCGACAAGGUAUCGUGGAGCAAGUUCUUGAGAGUGGAAACGGAAACGGGAUUUUUUGCUCUGGUUAAUUGUGAUAGUUUCUUCAUUGACGAGGAGAAGAAAGUCGCAAUGGGUUACCACAAUACAUUUAACAUUGUUGGAGAAGUUGGAUACUUGAAAAAGCUGGAGCUCGUAGAACGUGCAGGCACAGACGUAGGCUACUGUAAGUCAAACGGGUGCUCAUAUGUUCCAAGUCUAGUGCAAAUCAAGCAAUCUGCUGCAGGAGGAGGAGGUGAAAGGAAACGACAGAGCGACUUAGAAAAGCAACGAUAUGAUCAAAAUAUGUCGAGACUUGCCACUAUUGAAAAUCGUAGCAGUGUGUGAUACUCUGCAAACGAGGAAAAAAACUAGAUGAUUAGUCUUUCAUUUAACUCUCUUCUAAUGCAGUGUGUAUUUAUUAAGAUGUCUAGAUAUUCUCACCGUCCUGGUGGAUGUUACGGGUUCGGUUACGCUCUUGUCGUAGCUAUAAAUUCUUCUUUCUUUUUUUAAGCAGAAAUAUUUUGUAUUUGCGGAUAAUUGAACCAAGCAGCUAUUACUAGCUAUAAAUUCUUGAGGUUUAUAACAUUACAAUGCACUCAGAAACCAGUUUUCAUGGUAUGAGCAAGAAUAUAAUCAAAAGGAGAUGAUUAGUUUCAAUACCGCCAGCUCGGAAACUAAGAGCACCAGCAUUAAUGAACCCCCGGUUGGGGUUCAUAAUUU